AAGCGUAAGGUGUUGGAUUGGAUAUGUUUUUUGUCGUAAUUUUCUCGUGUCAAUUCCGUGGAAAGUUACAUAUCUAAAUGUAAACAGUACGCAAGGUGUAUUUAAAGAAUUUAUUCGCAGCGUCGUACAUCGAGUUCAGACAAGAUGUCGACGUCAGCAAUAUACAUUUUAGACGUGAAGGGCAAGGUGUUGAUCUCACGAAAUUACCGUGGCGACAUCGAGACCGGUGUCAUAGAAAAAUUUAUGCCGCUGGUGAUGGAACGUGAAGAGGAAGGCAAUCUUACGCCUAUCAUUCAGACCCCGGAAUGUACAUACGCUUACAUAAAAUAUAACAAUUUAUAUAUUGUGUCUACUACCAAGAAAAAUGCAAACAUAUCCCUAGUAUUUGUAUUCCUGCACAAAGUGGUGCAUGUAAUGCAGGAAUAUUUUAAAGAAUUGGAGGAGGAGAGUAUAAGGGACAACUUUGUCGUUAUUUACGAGCUUCUAGACGAGUUACUAGAUUUUGGCUAUCCCCAAACUACCGAUAGUAAGAUUCUACAGGAGUAUAUAACACAAGAGGGUCACAAACUAGAGAUUCAACCCAGGAUUCCUAUGGCUGUAACCAACGCUGUCUCGUGGCGGUCAGAGGGUAUCAAGUAUCGCAAGAACGAGGUCUUUCUGGAUGUAAUAGAAUCGGUGAAUCUACUAGCGAACGCCAAUGGAAAUGUUUUGAGCUCAGAGAUCGUCGGUGCCAUAAAGAUGAGAGUUUAUUUGUCAGGAAUGCCGGAAUUAAGACUGGGUCUCAACGACAAGGUUCUGUUUGAGUCAACGGGUCGUGGUAAAUCCAAAUCUGUGGAAUUGGAGGACGUCAAGUUCCAUCAGUGCGUUAGACUUUCCCGAUUCGAAAACGAUCGAACGAUUUCCUUCAUCCCGCCGGAUGGCGAGUUCGAACUCAUGUCAUACAGACUAAAUACACAUGUAAAACCACUAAUAUGGAUCGAAUCCGUGAUCGAGCGGCAUGCUCACAGUCGAGUGGAAUAUAUGAUAAAAGCGAGAUCGCAGUUCAAGCGCCGAUCUACGGCGAACAAUGUAGAGAUCGUGAUCCCGGUGCCGAACGACGCCGACUCGCCCAAGUUCAAAACCACGAUCGGCAGUGUCAAGUACUCGCCGGAGCAGAGCGCCAUUACUUGGAUCAUCAAGUCUUUCCCCGGUGGCAAAGAGUACCUGAUGAGAGCGCACUUCGGGCUACCGUCGGUAGUCGGCGAGGAUGUCGAAGGCAAACCGCCCAUACAGGUAAAAUUCGAGAUUCCAUACUUCACUACAUCCGGCAUUCAGGUGCGAUACUUGAAGAUCAUCGAGAAGAGUGGCUACCAGGCUUUGCCAUGGGUUCGUUACAUCACGCAGAACGGAGAUUACCAGCUGCGGACAAAUUAGCUAUUCGACAACGGUGCCGACGAAUAUCUCAGGAUCUCGGGCAUCUACGUCAUGCCUGAUUACGACGACUAGAAACGCGUAGCAGGUUCUCGAGAUUGGAAUCAGCAGCAAUCGUCUAUUCGUUUUGAAUACGAAAUGAUGGCCAGUGAAAGAAUGCGCGAUGUAAAAAUGAAUCGGACUCUCGAAC